UUAAAUCUAAUAAAAACUUUUGUUUUUGUUUAGGCCACAGGGUGACAAACGAGACCAUUCUUGUUUAUUUAAUAAUAGUCAUAGCAAAUCGAAAAAAUAUUGAAAUCUUUUUCUUUAUAAUUUCAAAGUCAUCUGUUAAAAUAUUUUACUUAAUUUUGCAAUUUGAGUACUAGUUGAAAUUAUUUCAAACUGAAAACUAGUUUCUUUCUGUUUUUCAAACGUUUUUAGAGAUUCGUAAUUUCUAAACUGCUUUUGUUUUUAAAGAUUAUGGCAGUCGCUUGUGCUUCUAGAUUUUCUGUUUUAAAACUAGAGGAUGAUGAUGUAUCAGAAUCCUUGGAUAAGAAACAGAAUGUAUCCUCUCAGAGUAAUUGUUUACCAGGCAAGAGUAAAGGCAACUCCAAAACAAAUGCGAACGACUCUAAGUCAAAAUCUAAGAAAAAGAAAAAAUCAUCUAAUGAAGUAUCUGAACUACAAAACCUUGCUUUUGGAACUCAUAAGUCAAAGCAUAAGUCUGGUUCGGGUAAUAUGAAAGUAGUUAAUGCCAGCCAAAAGCAAUGGGAAGAAUGGAAGCAGAAGGAUAGUGAAUUUGUUUCUGAAACCUAUGAGCAAGAUUUGCAGGAAGCACUUCUUUUGAGCAAAAUAGAUUAUGAAGAAAAGAAAGAUGUUUAUGAUGCUAUUCAGAGAGAAAGUGAAAACAAAAACUCUAAUAAAAAGAAAAAGAAAAACAAUCAAAAGAAAGAAAAAGGGACCAUGAGUUUAGAUGAAUUCCAAAGCCUGGAAUCAUAUCAGAAUGCCCCGGGGUCUUUUCAUAAAGCUUCUGAUUUAGAUGAUUUUGAAAUUCUAGUAAAGCAACCAGUUGUAGAAGAAUGUAAUUUCUUUGACAAAAUUGAAGAGGAUGCAGAGAAAAUCAUUACAAAGGAGCAGAAGCAAGAGCAGUACAAAAUUAAUCCUGUGAUAGAAUCAGCACGUCUUCUUCAAUAUCAAGAGGACAUGCGGAAGAAAGAUGAGGAAAUAGCUACCUUAAAUGAAAGCGUACAGAAAUUAAAAGAAGAACUUAAAAAUGUGAAGUCUAGAAACAAAAAGUUGUACCAAAUAUUAGAAUCUGGGGAAAUGCGUGAAAAGGCUGAAAUACUUGUGCAAAUAGAUCAACUAACUUCUGUGAAAGAUGAGUUAACAGAUCAAUUAAGUGAAUAUCAUACUGCUUUAGAACAAGAAAGAUCCAAAGUACAUUCCUUGCAAAUGGAGUUGAAGAAAUUUCAAAAUAAAAAGAUGCGUACAGAAUCAAAAUGAUGCUUCCCUGUGAUCUUCAGUUGAUUUCACUAAAGCCUGACACAUCUGUGCUAACUACAGAGACAGAAAACCUCAGGCCUCUUUCAAAGAAUGAAGAAAGCUGCCCACGAGAGUUUUUUUUUCUAUUUCUUGGUUAUAACUUAAAAGAAAAACUUUUUGAUUUGAAUACUCCUCACGGAAAUAACUUUGUUGGUGUUUUUCAUAUAAUUAUUUUGCAGUUGUAUUUUUAUUAUAAUGUUUCUUUUUUAAUUUUAUAUGCUAUUUUGUUUUUAUUUAUAAUUCUUAGGAUUAUGCUCUGGUUCAUUCUUUUUUUUGUUUAAUUCAUUCUUUUUUUUUUAAAUUCAUUCUUUUAGAAAAUAGUGUUUCUGAACUGCAAAAUAUUGUUGAUUGCAUUGUUAAAAUUUAGUUGUAACUGAGAUUAAAAUUUUUAUAUACUACUUA